UGCUGUUGUCGCAAUGCAAAAGAUUUGCAUGCGGGCGGGUCGAAUAGAUGUAAAAGAAAUCGAAACUACGGCAGUUCUUUACAUUUUUACUUAUAAAAUACAUUUUACGACAAUAGGUGAAUGUUUGAUAUGUUUCUUGUAAUAAAAAUAUAAAACUUUGAGUCAGUUUAUAGUGUUGGUGUGACUGGAUGACAGAUGGACGAUUCUUGGCGAAGCCCCUUUUAUUGAAUAUUUUAACGCGAAUAUAUGGUGUUAGGAAAAUAGUAUAAUGAUGUCUGACAGAAAAGCAGAACUUGAAAGAAAGAAAGCCAAGCUUCAGGCCAUCAGGGAAGAAAAAGAAAGACGCAGGCGAGAAAAGGAACAGAAAGAUGUUGAAGAGGCAACAGUUCGUGCUGCGGGAGCAGAUAAAGAUCAUCGUAAAGAACUGGAUGCUAUGUUAUCAUCUUUGGGCGUAGCACCAGUAUCGGAUGUAUUGUCUAGUUUAUCUAGUAUGAAUUCUUUGACUCCGGAACAAAGUGCUAAUGCUACUCCCGAUGCUAGUCUACAACCAUCUAGUAUAAACUCUGCUCAAAGUGCUGGAAGGAAGAAGAAUCGAGAACUUACAAUUGUUUCUGUGGCACAUACCAAUAUUCCACCUGUAGAACCAGUUGUUUAUAGUAAACAAACACAAACCAUUCAGACAACACAUACAUCUCACGACGGACUGUCCGCAUCUUCUUCUGCAUACACCAUCUACUCCUGUUCGACAACAACACCAACUCACUCUUACUCCGCAGGCUACUUUGAGGCUGACUGGUGGCGUCCCAGGAAAGGUGGGUCUGCACCAAACUACCUAUACGAGUACAAUCUAAAUCCUGGUUUAGAAUGGGAGGACGAAUUUACAGCCGAAGAUGAAGAGAACAGCUUGCCGCAUAUGGACGGUUUCCAGAGCAAACUUCCUCCUGGUAUUCUUCCUCAUGGUUUACCUCAAGUUAAAGAAGUGCAGCCCGCCGUUACACAAGUGGAGCAGGAAAAAGAAAAAGAAAAACCUAAAGAAGUACGAGAACUUAGUGAAGAGGAGAAACAAAUGAUCAUAUUAUCUGAAGAUUUCCAACGAUUUCUUGACCGUACAAGUCGUAUUGUAGAAAGAGCAUUAGGAGAAUCUGUUGAUAUUUAUACCGAUUACACCGGCACCGUGGAUGGUGAAGAUGGAAUGGACGAAAAGAGCCAUCAACGUCUAUGGUUGAACCGGUCGUUCUUCUGCGACCGGUGGUCUCGCAACCGUUGUGUGACCUCGAUGGAUUGGUCAUCUCAAUUUCCGGAACUUCUUGUAGCUUCCUAUAACAAUAACGAUGACACCCCUAACGAUCCCGACGGGGUCUGUUUAGUUUGGAAUACAAAGUUUAAGAAAACCACACCGGAAUUCAUUUUUCACUGUCAGUCUCCGGUGAUGUCAACCACGUUCGCUAGAUUUCACCCUAAUUUAAUCUUAGGAGGUACUUAUUCUGGUCAGAUUGUUCUGUGGGACAACAGAGUUCAAAAGAGAUCUCCCAUUCAACGUACUCCACUAUCAGCCAGUGCGCACACUCACCCUGUUUAUUGUUUAAACAUUGUUGGAGCUCAAAAUGCACACAAUUUGAUAAGUAUUUCAACUGAUGGGAAGGUUUGCUCUUGGAGUUUAGAGAUGCUGUCACAACCGCUGGAGACGUUAGAGCUUCAUACUAAGCAAUCGAAGCCUAUUGCUGCUACUUGUUUGGCAUUUCCUUAUGGAGAUGUCAAUAAUUUUGUUGUAGGUAGCGAAGAUGCAACCGUAUAUUCUGCUUGUCGUCACGGCACAAAAGCUGGAGUACUAGAAACUUAUGAAGGUCAUCAAGGACCAGUUACCGGAAUCAGCGCGCACGCUGUACUAGGAGGAAUAGAUUUCUCACAUUUAUUCUUAACAUCUUCGAUUGACUGGACGAUUAAAUUGUGGAGUCUUAAAGAGAAUAAUCCUCUGUACUCUUUUGAACACAAUGGCGACUACGUGUACGACGUCGCUUGGUCACCGACGCAUCCAGCUUUGUUUGCUGCUGUAGACGAUUCAGGACGAUUGGAUUUGUGGAAUCUUAAUCAAGAUACCGAAGUGCCUACAGCUAGUAUAGUAAUUGAUGGAUCCCCAGCUCUUAAUAGGGUGUCAUGGACUCCUAGUGGGUUGCACGUAACCGUUGGGGAUGAUACGGGAAAGAUCUGGGUGUACGACGUUGCCGAGCAUUUAGCACAUCCAAGGAUCGAUGAAUGGAAUAAAUUCUUGUACACACAACAAGAAUUAAAACAUAAUAAAGCAGAUGAAGAAUUGCAUAAAUUAAAUCUGAGGGAGCCUGCUUCCUUAACUUCUACACAUCCUUUAACUAGGUAUGGCUAGUCCUCUUAGAUAAAGAUAUUUUGUUCAGGUAUCGUUAUUACUUUCGGUUUAAAUAUCAACUUAAAAUGAAAUGAACUUCAUGUAUAAUCUUAAAGAACAACACUAAAAAAAAGAACAAGGAGACGUAUUAAUUGCUGUUUAUCGAUGUAUCUUUAAGUAUCUGUAGAAUAUUUUUAUUUUGUAUAAAGCAUUGAACAGCAAAACGAAUGCGUGAACAAUUUACACGCACCACAUUUGCUGUGUCUUCAAACGGCUAUAAAUUCAACAUGUCCAGUAGAAACAGUAUAUGCUUAUUACACUAUUUUAAUGCAGUAAAUACGUUAAGCAUGUAUGCGACAUAUUUGUGCAUGUAAAUAAUCAAAGCUAUAAAUACCAAUGAAAUUGAUAAAUUGCAGAAGCAACAUAAAAAAAUGAUAAAUUUAACAAAACCAAUAUCAAAUAAAUUAUUAUAAUAUCUUAGUUGCUAAUAUCCGUGGAUAUUUAUAUGUCACGUUUAGAAUAAUUUUUCAAAAUACGUAUAUUGUUUUCAUUCUAAUACUCUUAACUAACGUAUUAAAAGUAACGUUAUUAAGAACACUUAUGAAGAUUUAAUUAUUAUUUAUAUUCGUUUAGGAACUUAAUAUAAUUUAAGCGCUGUAAUUCGUUUUCUGUAUAGUUUAUAGUAUAAUAAAUAUAGAAAAAUUAAGUAAAUAAAGAUUAUCGACUAAAAAUGUAUAUAUAACAUUACUUUUGUGUUAUUAUAAACUGCUGGGCUUUAUCAAAAAUGUGAUAUUGUUAUAUACUACUGUGUUGGAAUACGUACUUCUGCUCAAAUUAAGCAUACUUUAAAUGUAAUUUUUUUAUAAGAAGAACCUUUUAAUCCUAAUUUGUCGAUCAUGGAAUUUUCUGCCGGAUGCAUUACAUCAUAAAUUUAUUAAAUGUUUUUGUAACGCAUAUUUUUUAAUUUAAUUUUUAAUAAAUGAUGAUGAUUGUCUGUAUAAGUAAAUAAGUUGAUUUUCUUUAAUGCUGCAAAUAAAAAUUUAUUCAAAAAUUGAUUGCGUACUGUUUAUUCAGUACUUUAGACAGUUUUAUCAUAAACAUAACAUUUUUUUCAUCCUGUAAUCUUGUAGAUGUAUAUUUACUUUUCAGGGUUAAAUGUAAAAUAGAAAUCAUGUGCAAAUUCGGUAAGAAAUGUUUUAUUAUGACUACAUCUAAUUUUAAUUUAUAUUGUUACUCGUUAACAACAAUUUUCGUAAGGUUUUAAAUGUCGUGCAUGUAGGAUAAAAAUGUUUUUUUAUUAUAAUAAUAAAUUUUAUUGUCAAUAAUAGCAUUACGUUUACAUAAUAAAUGAAUAACUUAAGAUAUGUUGAAAAUAUACACUUUGAUCGCCACAUUUAAAGCUUUUUAAACAUAUUCUUAUGAUAAACUCUUCUAUAAUAAAAAACAAUUUAUAAACAAAUUAAAUAACAUAAAUUUUAUUAUCUCUAAAAAAUUUCGUAGAUUAUUUUUCCAAUACCAAAUUUAGAUCUAAUACAUAUUUUUCACAAUGUUUUUCAUUUGUAAACUUUGAGAUUCGGAUAAAUUGAUUUUUCAAUUACUAUCAAUUAAAGAAUAACUUAUUUUACGUAUAUUAUUUUAUGCACCUUUGCAUGUUUUGUUUAUAUAAGCUGUUAACAAUAAAAAGUUUUAACCACUAUGCAAAAUUCAAUUGUAGACGGUCUGAAGUUCGUAGUUUCCGUUUGUUUUGUAUUAAAGGUAGAAACGAGGAUAAAUAGUAUAAACAUUAUACGCUAACUAAAGUAUCGGUUAUUCAGUUUAAAAUUUUGCUUGGCAACCAUUUACGUAAAAAUCUAACAGUACUAAUAUCGCUUUUAAUUUUGAUCGUGCAUCGACAGUUUGUAUACAGUCAAGAUAUUCAAGCUAGUUUGAGUCUUGCUCUUUCUUGCAUUCACUUCUCUUACACAUUUCUCUUACACUUCUCUUGUUAACUCUAAAUCAUCG